AUGAGGGACUCUCGAAAAGAGGAGGUGACAAGAAUUAUUCUGGCCAAAUAUUCUGAAAUUGAAAAGUCAAACUUAUCAGAAGAUUUUACUAUUCCCUACAUGGUCUAUCUGAAGUCCAGUCCAGAGCCCUGUGUGGGGUCUCUCAUUCACCCGGAGUGGGUCCUGACCGCUGCUCACUGCCCCUUACCAGUUAAAAUUCGAUUGGGAGUUCAUCAACCCAGCGUCAAACAUAAGAAAGAGCAGAUACGGAAUAACACAUUGACCAUGCCCUACCCCAAAUUCAAUGCACAAACUUUGGAAAAUGACCUGAUGAUGAUAAAACUGUCCAAGGCUGCUGUGCUCAACACCUAUGUGGGAACCAUAGCCAUAGCUUUGGAAUCUUUAUCAACUAAUGAUUCCUGCUUUAUCCCAACCUGGAGUUGGAAUGACUAUAAAAACUGUUGGGCCAAAAUUGACCCAAGAGAGGAAGUUUCAGCUGCUCCAGCCAUCUGCAAUGGGAAAUUGCAUGGAAUCUUGUCCUGGGCAAAAGGAAGUGUCACUAUGGGAAGUGAAGGAUUUUUCACUGAAAUUCAUCCCUAUGCAAGAUGGAUCCUAAAAAUCAUAAACAGCAACUGA